UGCUGCUUACACAUCUGUAAUUUCCCUCCAUUCUCGCUCAGCCUUCCUCGAGGACGAUUGAGAUCGUACGAGUCGAACUCGGUUGUGGAUAGUUCCGACUGAAAUGCUUAACGUCACUUAGACCGGUGAUGCUCAUUUUUCUAAUGAUUCCUGCAAACUAUCCUGGGGCUCUUCGUGCCGAAGCGUUAGCGCUGCCAUUUAUCUCUGAUCAGAUUGAGAAGAUAGAAAAAUCCCCUGCUUCGACAAACAGCAAGAAUCUGCUCAAAGCCGCCAUCUUAUAUGCACCAUCCCUACGCGGCAAGCUCAAUAUUGCAUCGGCAGUAAAAGGCGCUGAGCCAAAACAACUGGAUGACCUUGCGAACUACUAUUACAUUAAUAUACUUGUGCCUGUUCGGGCCGCCGGAGGGAAAACACCAGCUCCCAGAAGUCAUCCCUUUCGCAACGAAUUUGAUUCGACUGUGACAGCUGAGCUUGAGAAGCGUCUCAGUGCCCUGAAGGCCGAGGCUCUAAUGCGCGAUGGGUACAAAUGCGUCAUAACCGGGGAAGUGGACCGGAAGCAUGUAGCUAAAGUGAAGACCAGGACGGGCUUAGGAAAAACGGAAGCAGCGCCAGCGCAUAUCAUUCCCUUCAGUCUGAACGACUUCGAGGAGACGGAUGUUCCCGCGAUGGCCGACGAGACUGCAAUAUCGACAGCAUUACAAGCAUUUUCUGGUCGUUCACUGGACAGUCUCAAGGGCGAUGGCAUCAACUCUCUGGAGAACGUGCUUACCCUUGAGGCCUCCAUGCAUCAGAUGUUUGGCGAACUUGUACUGGCCCUCGAACCCAUAGAGGCAAAAUCUAACGUUAGCCGCAUUCUCACUUGGGGUUACGCGGAGGAUUCUUACGAUCUGCCCGAUUUUGUCACUUUAAGUGAUCAUUCCAAUUCUGGGAAGGCGUUGCCCAACCCGGCCUAUUUGUCACUUCGUGCCUCGAUAUGUAAGGUUCUUCACGUGUGCGGCCGCGCAGAGGAGUUGGACAGAAUCCUCGAGGACCUAGACGACGGUGGAAUAUCGGUCCUCUCACAUGACGGUAGCAUGGCGGAUUCGCUUGAGAUGGCUCUGCUAAGGGCUGUUGCGGCACGUUGAGGUGUUCUAUCAUAAACCGGCUUCAAUGCCCUUUACACAAAGCUAUGCCGCUCAUCGUGCAAAAUGCAGACCUGCAGUGCACGUCCAUUGCAACGCGCGUCCAUUGAUAACUCCUCACUUCGCUGCCUUCGUCUUCUAAGUCUUCGCUCAGGUUCGGUUUGCAGUGUUCCACGCAUCGGAUCCGUUUCC